AUGGAUGCGGCGAAUGUGUACGCAGUCAAAGAGCUUGUUGAGGCUGAGAAGUUGGACUGUGACUUACAUCUUACGAGAGCGAUCGAUGUGUAUCUGGAUGCCGAUCAUGCCAGGCAGACGGAGGCGGCGUGGGAGAUGCUAAGGAGGGAUAAUAUUGUCGAACUAAGAGACGUAGCUUGUGUCUCUAAAGAAGAUGCAGAGAGGGUAUCGGGAGUCAAGGGCGCUCAGCUGGCUGUCAGCUUUACUGCAGCGCACUUGUGGCCACGAAAGAUGGUGCAUCAAUUGCUAGCGAAGCUACUCGAGCAAGACCAUAAGCUCAAUGUUCAAGCAAAUACACCAGUGACGUCUGUAUCCGACACGACGGACGAGGCAGGAAGAUGGAUAAUAGAAACAUCGCGCGGCACUAUCAAAGCCACAAAGGUCAUCCACGCCACCAACGGCUACGCGAGCCAAGUUCUGCCCGAAUACACGCGAAGCAUAACUCCGAUCCGCGGCGUCUGCAGCCAUAUCGACAGCGCAUUGAAGCAACACGCACCACAUCUCAACAACACUUACGCCCUUCGUUUCGACGGCCGAAAUUACGACUAUCUCAUUCCCCGAGCAGACGGAAGCAUCAUCGUUGGAGGUGCAAGGCAGCGGUUCUGGCACAAGCCUGAGCGCUGGUUCGACACCGUGCGCGAUGACGAGCUUGUUGAUGAAGCAACGACCUACUUCGACGGGUACAUGCAGCGCCACUUCCGCGGAUGGGAGGAUACGCAAGCGCAGACAAAGAAGAUACUGUUGUCGAGUAAGGGUCUGGCUGCUAUGGUGCGAGAUGGAGUACCUUUCGAGAAGACCGGGCUACCGCGGUUAUUCAAGACGGCAAAAGGAAGGGUUGAGAUGCGCGAUAGCCCACUCGAAGAUCCGUUCCGUCCGCUGUGGGAAGAGCAUGCCAGGUCGAAGCUAUGA